AUGCAAGUAGACGAAGCACCUGAAGACGAGGCAGUCCGAGAGACGUACAAUUUUGCCCCAGGAAACUUUGGUGCUGUCUAUCGCGCCGAAGGACCAGCCAAGGAGCGUGACAAUGGCGGACAAGAGGCAAAUGCUGAAGAAGAACACGAUCCCUUGGAAAAGUGCAACAGCGAUCAGCCAAAGGAAGCAAAGACCUCGAAAGAUUCAGCUGUCAGGUAUAAGCUUCAGAGCAUGAAAUGGGGUCUCAUUCCAUUCUGGACAAAACGACAGCCGGAUUAUGGAUCCAUGAUGCGGACGAUCAAUUGUCGCGACGACUCGCUGAUCGAAGACUCUGGGAUGUGGACCACGAUGAAAAGAAACAAAAGAUGCAUCAUCAUUUGCCAGGGCUUCUAUGAAUGGCUGAAGAAGGGGCCUGGGGGUAAAGAAAAGGUCCCUCACUUUGUGAAGCGCAAAGAUGGGGACUUAAUGUGCUUUGCCGGCCUUUGGGAUUGUGUCUCUUACGAAGGCUCCGACGAAAAGCUUUAUACCUACACGAUCAUAACGACUUCUUCCAAUUCUUACCUAAAAUUCUUGCAUGAACGCAUGCCGGUCAUUCUGGACCCUCGCAGCGAUGCUAUGAACAAAUGGCUAGAUACGGCCCGGACCAGUUGGUCAAAAGAGCUGCAGUCGAUUCUCAAGCCAUACGAGGGCGAACUUGAAUGCUACCCUGUCCACAAAGAUGUUGGGAAAGUGGGUAAUAAUUCCCCAAACUUCAUUGUUCCGGUCGACAGUAAGGAAAACAAGAGCAAUAUUGCCAACUUCUUCGCCAAUGCUUCGAAGAAGGAACCCGUGUCGCCGGAAUCGAGAUCGGAAAAAGAUGACUAUGCUACCAAAGACACCGAAUGGAGUGAAGACAAGGCCCCAAAACUGGCACAGGCUAUCAAGCGAGAGCAUAGCCCCGAUAGGACAGGCGAUGCAGAAGAUACCACGACGCCCAAACCGAAGACAGAACCAACAAAUCCGUCGCCACAAAAGAAGAAACUAAGAAGUGCAACUCACAACAGUCCGAUGAAGAAAUCCAGUGGGACUAAAGCGGCGCCUGGGGCACAGCCAAUUACGAAGUUUUUCAAAAAGUGA